AUUGUUUUGAUUUAUUUUGAUUUUAUAUUUUUUGUUAAGAAAAAGAGUAUUAAGUUAUCAGAGCAUCAAAUACAAUGAAUGAGUUUUUCCUAAAUGAUACUGCACUUAGGAAGUUAUUAUCAUCCUGGAAAUGUCAAGUACUCGCGAGUCACAUUGAAGAGGAAGGCAUUGAUAUUGAAGAACUGACAAUGAUGAAGACUGAGCAUAUGACUGAACUUUUACGUAAUUACCGUUUAGGUAUUCGGAUUCGAUUUGAACAUUAUUUCGAGAAAUGGCGUCGUAGUAUAAAUCAGCCGAUAACCAAAAAUAGCGCGAAUUCUGUGAAUAUCACUCCAUAUGGAUCUACAAUCAAUGAAUUGCAAUAUGGAAAAGAAAAUACUUCGACGUUAAGAAGUGAAGCUGUCAGCAUUGGUGUGAAUACUGAUCCAUACUCACUACCAAUAUCAGGAAAUAAUACAAUUUCUCGAACAAAUGAAUCUGUCAGUAUUGGUGUUAAUACUGAUCCAAUGGAAUUAAAUACAAUUUCCAUAAAUUCACUGCCACCAAACUCAGUUCCGAUACCAGUAAAUAAAGCAACUACUCUAACAAAUGGAAACAUUGUAAACCGUGUUGUAGAUGAAGUUCCAAAAUUUAUUUGGUUUAAAAAGAAGAGGAAAGUGUUUGGUUCCUCAGGAUUUUCGGUAUUAAAUAUAUUAAAAUUCUCUGGACGUAUGGAUAUACUUGCAUCCUAUGAAAAAUACGGCAUUCUCUCACGAGAAGAGCGUUCAACAUUGAUAAAUGUGAUUGCAAAAUAUCUUAUAGAACACAACCAAAAAUUGUCAUUAAAGGGAAGUUACGAUUUAGAAUUCCAAAUUAGACAUGUAUUUCCGAAUGAGCUCCUAAUUUAUUAUCGAAGCGGAAGAUUGGGUAGAAUUUAUAAAAGAUAUCUUGAACUCCAAAAAUUAAAAAAACGGAAAAAUGUCAACAAGAUUAAAAGCUGUGAACCCUCUGUAAAUGACGAUUGCAACUUAGACGACAAUAUGACUGAAAGCUCUAAUCUGUGCAGUGAGAAUUUCGCUCAAAAUUUUGAGUCCUGUAGCAAUGCCACGGAUUUGUUUGAAGUAGAAAUUAAGAAUGAAAUCGAUUUGCCUAAUCUGUCCAGUGAGGAUUUCGCUCAAAAUUCUGAGUCCUGUACCAAUGCUACGGAUUUGUUUGAAGUAGAAAUUAAGAAUGAAAUCGACUUGCCUGAAACGAAUGAUGAUAUUAAUUUCGAGAACAAUGAAUUGUAAAU